AUGCCAGACAUCUCAAUCCUCAAAACUCCCGGCCCAUACCACAUCAUAACCUACGGAACCCUCCUCGGCACCCAAUUCUUCCAAUCCUUCAUCAACGGCAUCGUAGCCUACAAAUCCCUCCCCCGCCCCCAAUUUUCCAUCCUCCAACAAAACCUCUUCCCCAUCUACUUUGGUAUCCAAACUGCGCUGCCCGCCGUCCUAGCCAUUACCUAUCCGGGAUCUCACACUCAUCUCGGCACUGUUUCUGGGAUAUCAGGGACGCUUGCGGAGGUCAAUAGAUGGAGUGUGCUGGUGCCUCUGGCUACAAUGUUUGUAACGGGAUUGGCGAAUCUGGUGGUCAUUGGGCCGGCUACUACGCAGAUUAUGAGGGAGAGGAAACAUCAGGAAACGAGAGAUGGGAAGAAAUCCUAUGAUGCGGCGCCGCAUUCAAGAGAGAUGCAAAAGUUAAACAAGGCAUUUGGAAGAAUGCAUGGGGCUUCUUCAUUAAUAAAUAUGGUAUCUUUCCUAGCUACGAUGUGGUAUGGUGCUAGCCUUGCAGAGAGAUUGCAAUAG